GAUAAAUCACAUUCAAAAGUUCUUGUAAUUUGAAUAAACAUGCUGUUUUCUAUAUAAAUCACUUGAAAAACAUUUAAAAUGCAUGUGCGAAUACGAAUAUUUGGCAAACCAGAUGCUAUUGUUGUAGUUGAGUCAAAACUUACAAAAAUAGAUCAAUUUAGACGUAUUAUAAGAGAUAAAUUCGACGUUGAACCUAAGUUACAACGGUUGUUCUACGGGGGAAAGUUGUUAGAAGAUGGGUACACAUUUCACGAUUACAAUAUUAAGCUCAAUGAUGUUAUUCAACUUAUGAUAAGAAUACAACCAGUGGAAAGUUUAGAUGGUGAGAAAGGAUCAGAACCACAAGAAAAUGAUGAAAAACCUGGUGAUAGGACUGAAAGUAAAGAAAAAAGUUAUAAAGAUACGGAAAGCAAGCUUUACACAGUUGGUGAUUUAGUAGAUAUGAAAGAUAGAGAAAAUGGAGCGUGGUUUGAGGGAAAAGUAGUUCGCAUAGUAUUAGAUCCAGAUGUAAAUUAUGAGAGUAAAGAAAAAGCAGAAGAAAGUUUGAACACUAGUGAUAUAUCAUAUGAUAAAGAAAGUGAUGUUGAAAAUAAGCCACCAAGUGAUAGUUCUGAAGAAGACACUAAGUCUAAGAAGAAAGGCAUUGCUAAAUAUUUUACCAAAGCUGCAAAAGGAAAAAAACAAACAAAAGAAAUAAAAGUGGAAGCGGUCAAAAUUACAGAUGACAAUAUUUUGUAUAAAGUACAAUUAAAUGCUGACGAAGAGGACUCCGAUUUAUAUUGUCAAUUAAAAGAAAUAAGACCAAGAGCUAGACGAGAAAUAAAUAUCAAAGACUUGAAACCAGGACAAACAGUUAUGUUAAAUCAUAACACUGAUGAUCCUCUAGAAAAGGGAUAUUGGUAUGAUUUCAAAGUAGAUGAAGUUAAGAAACUACGUAUAAACUAUGAACUGGUUGGAACAUUAUAUUUAGGGCCAGAUUCAAUACCUCAAAAUGACACCAAAGUCAGAGUUCAUGACAAGAUAUUUGUUUUGGAACAACCAGUACCAGUUGCAGAAAGAAAUAAUGAAUAUAGCAAACUUAUAUCAGAAGCUCCUGAAAAAAGAUCACAGCCAUUGAAUUGCUUAAAAUGCCGUGACGAUGAGGAUUCACCUUGUAAGGAGUGUGGAUGUUAUCUGUGUUCAGGAAAAGAAUCCCCAGAGAAGAUAGUUUUAUGCGAUGAAUGUAACAAUGGUUUCCAUAUGAAAUGUCUUACUCCUCCACUUACUGAGUUACCUGAAGAGGACUGGUACUGUCCCUCUUGUAAACGUGAUCCCAAUGAUGUCAUAGCCCCUGGUGCAGCCAAACAGACUAAGAAGGGUAACGCCUCUAAAACCAAUCGCGAUUGGGGAAGAGGGAUGGCUUGUGUUGGUAAAACUAAAACAUGUGCCAUGCCACCUAACCAUUUUGGCCCUAUUCCUGGUAUAGAAGUUGGAAUGUGCUGGAGAUUUCGAAUACAGCUAUCGGAAUCCGGUGUGCACAGACCACCCGUGUCAGGCAUACAUGGUCGUGACGUCGAAGGUGCCUAUAGUAUUGUAUUAUCUGGUGGAUAUGAAGACGAUGUGGACUAUGGGAAUGAGUUUACAUAUACUGGAAGUGGUGGACGAGAUCUCUCCGGAAACAAGCGUACAGCUGAACAAUCGUGUGACCAGACCCUCACUAGGGAAAAUAAAGCACUGGCACGCAACUGCGCUGUGAAAGAAGUGAGUGAGAAAGGUGCAGAUGCACGCGAAGCGUGGCAGCAAGGCAAGCCUGUACGAGUUGUACGGUCUUAUAAAAUGCUUAAGCAUUUCCCAAAGUAUGCACCUAAGGAAGGCAUAAGGUAUGAUGGUAUCUACAAAGUAGUAAAAUAUUACCCAGAAAAGGGUUUGUCCGGAUAUCGUGUAUGGAAAUACUUGUUACGGAGAGAUGACCCCAAUCCAGCGCCUUGGGAGCCAGGCGCUAAGCAAUUCCCUAUUGUGUAUCCAGAUGGAUAUUUGGAAGCCGAGGCUGAGAAAAAAGCUUUAAAGGAGAAAGGUAACAAAGGUAAAGGCAAUAAGAAAAGAGCUCUGCGUGAAAGCAAUAGGAGUUCGUCUGAAUCUGAAGCAUCUCCUCCUCUUAAGAAACGAAAGACUCAGGAGAGUAAAAAGGCACAAGAGAAUAAAAAGAAAGAUGUAGCUAAUAAGUCGCUAAGUCCAAAGACGAAAAUACCAAGUAUGUUUACAAAAAGUCCCAAAUCCAAUAAAAAGAAGAAAGAAAACGGUCUUACUUCAGACGAGAAGAAAGCUAUUGAAUCGGAUACGUUAAACGCUAAACUGUGGGGAGAAUGUCUUGAUAUUUGCGAAAAGCAAGGCAAAAAGGAAUUUAUAGAGCAUGUCACACAAGUUUUCUUAUGCAUUAUAUGCCAAGAAGUGGCCGUCAGUCCGGUGACAACGCCAUGCUUGCACAACUUUUGUAUGGCUUGUAUGAAGUUGGCAUUCAAGUCAAAUGAAUCACAAAGCUGUCCCUGUUGUCGACAUAAUCUUUCCAAAGUGGAGCUGCAACCGAAUGAAAAUUUAAAAACCGCAUUACGUACAAUUCUGACCGGUUAUGACGCCGGCAAGAAAUAGAUAAUUCAGCUUAAUUUGGACAAACUAGUACCGCAGUUGAAGGUCAUCUCUACAUGCGGACCCUUAUUAUAUAGAAUAAGUUAUACGAUACAAAAGGUUUCAACAGCGGAUCCAAAAACUUGACAAAUCCGCGACUUUUCCUUCUUUAGAAUACUUGACGAACGUCUUUGACGUCCAUUUCGAUAACACGGUGUGGAGACUCAUCAAAAAUUUCUUUUGAGUUUGAAUAACAUGAAUAGACUCGCCGCGAUGUAUUAGUUCAUGGACAUGGCACCUAGGAUAAUUUUGUAACAAUUAAUUACUGCUGUUAUGGCAAGUUACAUACGAUUAAACUUAAAUAAAGGAGAGUUUUAGAUUAGCUUAUAAUUCUGUUACUUAACUCUUUUUUAUGGGUAAAUUCAUACGAUUCAUGGUAGAGUUUUACACGUUAGUUUCUCUGCCUACAACUUCAUACUAUUAUAAAAAAUAUAAUUAAGCAGAUUGAUCUGUAUUUGUACUUUAAACAAAUAGUUUUGAAUAGUAGUUUUUCUUUUAAGUUUGAAUGUAGUAAGUAAUAGGAAUCAAUUCAGUAUAACUAAACCAAUGCUGAUGAUAGUUUGUGAUAUAAUAUUAGGUUUUACACUUGAAUGUUCUUAUUUUCCUACUAAAUAAUAAUUUAUUUUAUCCAUGAUCCCCAUUUUAUGUUAAAAAGGGGAAUUAAAAGAUUAUUUUAACAUAUAUUUAUGUUCCGUCAUAUUUUACAUUCAUCAAAUAUCUAAUAAAUAAAAUUCAAGUCCGGUAUUUAUGAUAAUUAUGUAAUAAAUUUAUAAUAUAAUAAUAUUAUGUAUGUCAUGGAAUAUAUAAUUUAAUUUGUCAUCCUAUCUAUCGUAUCUUUAAAGCUAUGCAUAUGAAUCAAAUUAAUUGAACCUAAAAUUCAUCGUAAUCUAUCGUUAAUUUCUAAGUGUUUGAUUAUAAUGAAAAUUUAGGAGUAUAUCAUAUUAAUAUGAAUGUAUGGAUGUUGUUUAGUCACGCUCGAACUGCUGGACAGAUUGGUAUUAUAUCAUUGACAAGUAAUACCAUUAACAUUUAGUAGUAUUAUAAUCUCAUUUCAUUUAAUUUGUGUAUUAUAUAUCAAUAUAUUUAAACAAUACAUUAAUAGAAUUAUUAUUAUUUUGUAAUUAAUUGAUGAAUGUAAUUAUAACAUUUUAAA